AUGAAGAUUUCACCAGAGACAGUAAAUAAACUACAACUGGAUGCAUCGUGUAUAAGAAACAUCUGUAUUUUAGCACAUGUCGACCACGGUAAAACCUCAUUGAGUGACUCAUUAUUAGCCACCAAUGGAAUCAUUUCCCAACGUAUGGCAGGUAAAGUUAGAUAUCUUGAUUCGAGAGAAGAUGAACAAUUGAGAGGUAUAACCAUGGAGUCCUCGGCAAUUUCUUUAUAUUUCAAAGUCAUGCGAUUGCAACAAGGAUCACAAGAACCAGAAGUUCACGAACAUUUGAUUAAUUUGAUUGAUUCACCUGGGCAUAUUGACUUUUCGUCUGAAGUGAGUACUUCUUCGAGAUUAUGUGAUGGUGCAGUUGUUUUGGUCGAUGUCGUCGAAGGUGUCUGCUCACAAACAGUCAACGUUCUACGCCAAUGUUGGAUUGAUAAGUUGAAGCCAUUACUAGUUAUUAACAAAAUUGAUAGGUUAAUCACAGAAUGGAAAUUGUCUCCCUUGGAGGCAUACCAACACAUUUCCAGAAUUAUAGAACAAGUAAACUCUGUGAUUGGGUCAUUUUUUGCUGGUGAUAGACUAGAAGAUGACUUGAAUUGGCGUGAGGCUGGUUCUGUCGGGGAGUUUAUCGAGAAGAGUGAUGAAGACUUGUAUUUCACACCUGAAAAGAAUAAUGUAAUAUUUGCCUCGGCAAUAGAUGGAUGGGCAUUUUCAGUCAAUACAUUUGCCAAAAUAUACCUGAAAAAAUUAGGGUUCUCUCAACAAGCAUUGUCAAAAACUCUCUGGGGAGACUUUUACUUGGAUAUGAAAAAUAAAAAAAUCAUCCCUGGUAAAAAAUUGAAAAAUAAUAGUAACAGUUUGAAGCCAUUAUUUGUUUCGUUGAUUUUGGACCAGGUUUGGGCUGUUUAUGAAAACUGUGUUAUUGAAAGAAAUCAAGACAAGUUGGAAAAAAUCAUUGAGAAAUUAGGGGCCAAAAUCACCCCUCGUGAUUUGCGAUCCAAAGAUUACAAGAACUUGCUAAACUUGAUUAUGUCUCAGUGGAUUCCUUUGAGUCAUGCCAUAUUGGGGUCAGUGAUUGAAUACUUGCCAAGCCCCAUUGUUGCUCAGCGUGAAAGAAUAGACAAGAUUUUGGAUGAAACGAUUUAUAGUGCAGUGGAUUCAGAACUGGAUAAAUCCAAACUAGUCGACCCUUCAUUUGUCAAGGCGAUGCAGGAAUGUGAUAGUUCACACCCGGAAACCCAUACAAUAGCAUAUGUAUCAAAAUUGUUGUCAAUCCCCAAUGAAGACUUACCCAAAGCUAGUAAUGCCGCUACUGGAGGAUUGACGGCCGAUGAAAUCCAAGAACGAGGAAGAAUUGCUCGAGAAUUAGCCAAAAAGGCAUCUGAAGCAGCUGCUUUGGCACAAGAAGGUUCCAAAAAUGAAGAUGAGUUUGCCAUUAAACCCAAGAAAGAUCCAUUUGAAUGGGAAUUUGAGGAGGACGAUUUUGAGAAUGAGGAAGAUGAGAGCGAUGCAAACGCAGUUGAAGAAUCAACUGAAACCAUAGUGGGUUUCACUCGUAUUUAUUCUGGAUCGUUAUCUAGAGGCCAAAAGCUCACGGUAAUUGGACCCAAAUACGACCCUUCAUUACCUAGAGACCAUCAAACCAACUUUGAACAAAUAACCAAUGAAGUUGAAAUUAAAGACUUGUUUUUAAUCAUGGGACGAGAAUUAGUGAGAAUGGAAAAAGUCCCUGCGGGUAAUAUUGUUGGGGUUGUUGGAUUGGAUAACGCCGUGCUUAAGAAUGCCACAAUUUGCUCACCGUUACCUGAAGAUAAACCAUACAUUAAUUUAGCUUCAACAUCAACCUUGAUCCACAAUAAACCAAUUAUGAAAAUAGCAGUUGAACCAACAAACCCAAUAAAACUAGCAAAAUUGGAACGAGGAUUAGAUUUAUUGGCCAAAGCCGACCCGGUUUUGGAAUGGUAUGUCGACGACGAGUCAGGUGAAUUGAUUGUUUGUGUUGCUGGAGAAUUGCAUCUAGAACGAUGCUUGAAAGAUUUAGAAGAGAGAUUCGCUAAGGGUUGUGAAGUUACCGUCAAAGAGCCAGUCAUUCCCUUCAGAGAGGGGUUGGCAGAUGACAAAAUCAGUACCAACACCAAUAAUAACAACGACGACAAUGAAGAUCAUGAAUUAGAUGAAAACGAAGAUGAGCUUGCUGAUUUAGAGUUUGAUAUUUCUCCGUUGCCAUUAGAAGUGACUCAGUUUUUAAUUGAGAAUGAAACGAUUAUUGCCGAAAUUGUCAACAACAAGCAAGAUACUCAUGAAAUUAGAAACGAUUUUAUUGAAAAAUUUGCCACUAUUAUUGAUAAUUCUAAUUUGGCUACACAAUUUCCAGACACCAAGUCUUUUAUCAACAAUAUAAUUUGCUUUGGACCUAAACGUGUUGGGCCUAAUAUUUUCAUUGAAGAUUAUGGGUUAAACAAAUUUAGACAUCUACUUGGUGAAUCUGCCACUGAAUCUCGAUUUGUUUAUGAGAAUAAUGUGUUCAAUGGGGUUCAAUUGGUAUUCAAUGGGGGUCCGUUAGCAUCAGAGCCAAUGCAAGGUAUUAUUGUUAGACUUAAGAAGGCAGAAAAAAGAGAAGUUGACGAGGAUAAGAUAGUCAACCCUGGUAAAAUAAUCACACAGACUCGUGACUUGAUUUACAAGCGGUUUUUGCAAAAAUCACCACGCUUGUUCCUUGCAAUGUAUACGUGUGAAAUCCAAGCAGCUGCCGAAGUGUUGGGUAAAGUAUAUGCUGUUGUUCAACGACGCGAAGGGUCAAUCAUAUCAGAAGAAAUGAAAGAAGGUACUCCGUUCUUUACUAUUGUGGCAAGAAUCCCUGUGAUUGAGGCAUUUGGGUUUUCCGAGGAUAUUAGAAAGAAGACAUCCGGGGCAGCUAGUCCUCAAUUAGUUUUUGAUGGGUAUGAUAUGUUAGAUAUCGAUCCAUUUUGGGUUCCACAUACUGAAGAAGAAUUAGAAGAAUUGGGUGAAUUUGCAGAAAGAGAAAAUGUUGCUAGAAGAUAUAUGAAUAAUAUCAGAAGAAGAAAAGGGUUAUUUGUUGAUGAGAAAGUCGUCAAAAAUGCUGAAAAGCAAAGAACUUUGAAAAGAGAUUAG